AAGAAGUAACAAAUUCAGUUACCACGCCACACCGCCCCCAACGGAAAGAGAGAUUCCAGACGACGGAGCAUAGGGUUGUAGUUUUGUAGUUUUGAUAUAAUCCGGAGUAGAAAGUAAGAAAGACAGAGAAAGUAAGAAAGAGAGAGAAAGAGACAGUGUCUGUGAUGGCUGCUGCUAGUAGUGAGAAAGGUCCAGUGGAGCUGUGUAAGGGCAUCAAUGGCCUCGACAAGGUUGUUCUUCGGGAGGUUCGCGGCAGCUCUGCCGAGGUGUAUUUCUAUGGGGCCCAUUUAACUUCAUGGAAGAAUGAACAUGGAGAAGAAAUGCUCUUUGUCAGUAGUAAGGCCAUUUUCAAGCCUCCAAAAGCAAUUCGUGGAGGUAUCCCUAUAUGCUUUCCUCAGUUCUCAAACCUUGGACCUCUUGAGCAACAUGGAUUUGCUAGAAACAGGGUUUGGACUGCUGACAAGGAUCCUCCCCCAGUUCCACCAAACUCUAGGGCAUUUAUUGACUUGAUACUAAAGCCCUCUGAAGAUGACUUGAAAAUCUGGUCUCACAGGUUUGGUGGAUGCACAUUGAUUACUUUUUGGUUAACUUUUAUUUUUUCCGCACUUAGCUUUUCUGACCUGGUUUUUUCUAGUUAUGAAUUCCGAUUGAGGGUAACAUUGGGACCUGCUGGAGAUCUUAUGCUAACAUCUCGAAUAAGAAACACCAACACUGAUGGAAAGCCCUUCACCUUUACAUUUGCGUAUCACACCUACCUCUCUGUUUCAGACAUAUGUGAAGUUCGUGUUGAGGGGCUAGAAACACUGGAUUAUCUUGAUAACUUGCAGAAUAGGGAGCGGUUUACUGAACAAGGCGAUGCUAUUACUUUUGAAGGAGAAGUGGAUAAAAUAUAUCUUAGCACUCCAACAAAAAUUGCAAUCCUUGAUCAUGAAAAGAAAAGGACAUUUGUUAUUCGUAAGGAUGGACUUCCUGAUGCAGUGGUGUGGAAUCCUUGGGACAAGAAGGCAAAGGCAAUGGCCGACUUUGGGGAUGAUGAAUAUAAGCACAUGUUGUGUGUGGAAGCUGCUGCUGUGGAAAAAGCAAUCACUUUGAAACCCGGUGAGGAGUGGAGAGGAAGGCAGGAACUGUCUGUUGUUCCUUCAAGCUAUUGCAGCGGACAGCUUGAUCCUCAGAAAGUUCUUCAUGGCAGCUGAAACAUGUUUGUGCUGGCUUAUAUCAUGUACAGGUGCUCUGCUGCAAUUCAUGGUGGGAAUACAACUGCAAUCUCUGUUGAAAAUCUAUUGUUUUACAUUUCCCUUCAUAUGACAUCUUCUCUAUAUUGAAUAGAAGUUGGAUUUGAGUAGUGAAGACUGAAAUAAUAUUUGGUGUUAAGGAUUUUACCAUUCUGGUGCCAUGUCAGUUUAAUGAAGAUGCAUGGUCAAGAUGGCAACAGAUUAAUACAUUGCUCCUAUUUUUUUAGGAUAUAUCAUGGAUUAAGGGGCCUUAUCUUUCUAUACUUUCAAGGAUCAAUUCUAUAGAAAUUCUGAAUUCAUCUAAUAUGUUGAAACAUAUACAUGUAUAUACCAGAAAAUAUUUCAUUUGCCAUAUAUGUUCUGCAUUUGUUCA